AUGUCAGCAUUAACAACCUGGCAAUUUAAACAAUCGGAAUGGCACAUAAAUUCAACGAUCCCCCAAAUAGGUACAUGGUACAAUGCAAAACCACACCAAAAAUCACAUCAAAUUCACAUUGAUUUAUUGUACAACGAUUUAAUAAUUGAUCCAUUUGUUGAUAAUUACGAAUUGAAUGUGAGUUGGGUAGGUGAAGUUAAAUGGGAGUACAAAACAUUAUUUGACUCAGUUACUACUGAAGGUUAUUUAGUACUUGAUCAAUUGGAUAAUAACGUUGAUGUUUAUUUGAAUCAAGAACUAAUACUACAUAGUGAGAACUCAUUUCAAAAACAUUUAGUGGGGCCUUUACAAUUUUUGAAGAAAAAUGAAUUAAAAUUAGUACUUGAUUCAGGAUUUGGUAAAGGUAAACAAUUAGAAAGCAAAUUUGGUGCUAAAGAAUGUUGGAAUGGUGAUUGUUCAAGAGUUUACGUGAGAAAACCUCAAUACCAAUAUGGUUGGGAUUGGGGGCCAACUUUACUUAGUUGUGGGUUUAAUGAGAUUUUGGUUGUUAAUGAUUCUUUUGUGGAAGAUUUUUUUGUGAAGUAUGACUUGAAUGAGGAGUUGAAUGUUGCUUACUUGAGGUUUGAGAUUAGUUCGUUGUUGGUUCAAAAUUGGACUGGCAAGAUUGAGAUUUUGAAUGACCAAGUCUUGGUUGACGAAGUAUCGAUUAAGGAUGUUCAAAGAUACUUGACAAUUAAUCAUAUUCUACAUGAUGUUGAAUUAUGGUGGCCUAUCAAACACGGUAAACAAAAUAUUUACACAUUCAAAUUGUAUUUUGGUAAUAAACUGAUGAUGAUGAAAACAACAGGAUUUAGAAAAGUUGAAUUAAUAAAUAACCCAGAUAAAUAUGGUGAAUCAUUUUAUUUCAAAAUCAACAACGAAUCAAUUCAAAUGAUUGGAUCAAAUUGGAUCCCACCACAUUCAUUUAUUUCAACAAUGACAAAACAAGAUUAUAAUCAAUAUUUAAAACUUUUUGUUGAUUCAAAUCAAAACAUGAUUAGAGUAUGGGGUGGUGGUAAUUAUGAAUCUAAAGAAUUUUAUAAUAUUUGUGAUGAAUUGGGAAUUUUAGUUUGGCAAGAUUUUAUGUUUGCUUGUGGAAUUUACCCCUAUGAACCAUUAACUGCUCCAGCUAGAUCGAUUGAGAAAGAAAUUGAAGAUACUUUAAAGAGGUUAAGAAAUCAUCCAAGUAUUAUCAUAUAUGUUGGUAAUAAUGAAGAUUAUCAAAUUGCAGAUGCUCUAAAAUUGGAUCAAAAUAAUCAUACUGAAUUUCCAGCUAAAAUGAUUUAUGAAGAAUUAAUACCUUCUAAAAUAUCACAAUUAACAAAUCAAGUAGUUUAUAGACCCGGAUCACCAUAUUCAUCCAAAAAUAUGAGUUCAUAUAACACAAGUUAUGGAGAUUCACAUCAAUGGGAAGUUUGGCAUGGCUCAAGACAACCAUAUCAGAAUUGGGACAAUUUAACAGCAAGAUUUAUUAGUGAAUUUGGGACGUUAUCAUUACCUUCUUAUAAUCUUUUAAAUCAUUACAUCACUGACAAACAAGAAUUAACUCCCGAUCUGAAUAUAAUUAAGUUUCACACCAGAGCCGCCAACAAGAAAAACUUACCAUAUUACGUUUGGUCAAAUUUCAAUAAACCUGACAACUUAGACCUCAAAACUUGGAUUUAUUUAACUCAAAUAAUGCAAUCGGAAGCUAUAGAGUUAGCUUUUCGAAUAUGGAGAAAUAAAUGGGUUGAUUUUCAAUGUGGUGGGAUAUUAGUUUGGCAAUUUAAUGAUUGUUAUCCUAGUGUAUCUUGGUCAAUCGUUGAAUUUGGUGGGUCACCUAAAUUAAGUUAUUAUGGUAUGAAAAGAGAGUUGGCUGACGUUGUCAUAGCGGGAUAUAGAUAUGAGGAAGAAAUUAAAUUUGAAAGUUCAGGUAAACAAGUUAUUUUAUCGAAUGAUGAAAAUCAAUUUAAGUUUGAUGUUUGGGGUUUCGGUAAUACUUUGCAAAACCUAACAUUAAAAUUGAACUUUUAUAAUGGUGAUGGUAUUAUCAUUCAUGAAUAUGUCAAAGAUAAGAUCACUUUCAGAAAAAAUGAAGUAAAUAAUAUACUCAUAGGUUAUAGUUUCAAUAAGGAGAAUAUAAUGAUUAAAAAUGAUACUAUAAUGUCGUUAAAUUUAAUAUCAUCUAAAGGUGAAGUAAUUGCAAGAUCAUCAAAUUGGCCAAAUUAUUUGAAAGAUCUAGAGUGGAGCAAAUUGACAAAAGAUUUAAAGAUAACUCACAAAUAUAUGAGUAACAAUCAGAUCAAAUUAUCUACAAAUAAACCCGUUAAGAAAUUACAAAUAUAUUUUGAUAGUAACCAUGGAGAAGAAAUAAAUUAUAUUUUUAGUGAUAACGGAAUUGAUUUGUUUCCCAAUGAUGAUCAAGUAAUUACAAUUUUUGAAUUUAAUGAAACUGAUUUGAAAUAUUUGAAGAUAAAAUACUUAGACUACUAA